AUGCUAGAUGUUAACUAUGGGUCGUACCCAUUCGUUACUUCGUCAAGUACCACGCUUGCUGGCAUCAUUGGUGGACUUACCCUGAACCCCAAGAACACUGCAGAGGCGGUUGGAGUGGUCAAGGCUUACACCACCCGUCUCGACGUUUUGGACACUUUCAAAACCAUCAAGAUUGCCGUUGCAUACAAGAUCGAUGGAGAGGAACUGGAGUCUUACCCUGCAGAUCUUGCUAUCUUGGAACGAGCUGCGGUUGGUUACCACGAGAUGCCCGGCUGGCAAACGCCGACUACCAACGUCAAGACCUACUAUGAGCUGCCCCAGAAGGCUCGCGAUUACGUAGAGGUAAGCACUGGAUUUGGACUUGGAUAG